GUCUGAUCCAUCAUGUCACUGCAACGAAACCGAGCAAAACACGAGCACGGCCACGCUCCUCCUCCGACUCGGAGUACUUAGCAUGGUUUCUGCCGUCGCAGCUUGACCAACGACCCCGAUGGCAGAUUAUGACCCUCUCCCUGCCCCCGCCUCAUCCUCCGGACACCGACGCGUCCCCUACUUCCGCCAUGUGCGCUUCCGUCGACAGACGCGGCUUUGUCUGCUGGCCGGCCUACUCACCAUCAUCCUCGUAUUCGUUCUGUCCUCGGGCACGGUAUGGCGAGACAUAGGAUAUCUGCUUCGCCCAGUAUGGGAUACGCCGCCAAAGCCCUUCCAAGUCAUUCCUCACUACGACCACCCAAAUGUCUCAGCUGGCGACCUCUGCGAGUUGCAUGGCUGGCAGAGACGACAGAACAACGUCAAAAUAUGGGAUGCCACUAUAUUCAGCGUGGAGCUUGACUUACUGGAGAUCCGGAUGCGGGAGCUGUACGCUGUCGUCGACCACUUCAUCAUCGUAGAGAGCAAUUCCACGUUCACUGGGUUGCCAAAACCUCUCAUCUUCGCGGAGAAUCGCGAUCGCUUUGCGUGGGCGGCCGACAAGAUCUUCUACCGUCCCAUCAACCUGCCACCCAACCCACCAGGGCCGAGACAUGCAGACACGACCUGGCAGAACGAGGGGCGCUCGCGCCGGGAGAUCAACGACAUUCUUCGCGCCCAGGGUGCGCAAGCGGGGGACCUCCUCAUACAAGCAGACGUCGAUGAGAUACCGUCGUUCCGUACUAUCGAGUUGGUACGCGCGUGUGAGGGGUAUCCCGGCGUCCUCCACCUCAGGCUACGCGACUACAUGUAUUCGUUCGUACGGAUGCUUCCGGAGGUCGAGGAGGGAGGUUCCUGGAGAGCAUCGGUCAAGACAUGGAAUCCGGCGGGGCCCGGCUAUACAGGGUACUCGCAUGGACGGCAGAGUGAUGUGAUUCUGGCCGACGCGGGCUGGCACUGCUCGUGGUGCUUCAAGUAUUUGGAGGACUUCCGCUUCAAGAUGCGAAGCUAUAGUCAUUACGACCGUGUCACACGACCGGAGAAACAGCUCGAGCCGUCAGAAAUUCAGCGCAAGAUCUGCGAGGGGAAGGAUGUAUUUGACAUGUAUCCGGAGGCAUAUUCAUUCGAUAGCCUGUACCGUUUGCUCGGUCCAUACCCCUUGACGCCUUCAUACGUCGCAGUGCCAUGGUGGACAGUACAAAACGCAGAGCGAUUCGAUUACCUUCUCCGGCAGGAUAGGUGUUCGCGAAAGCUUGGCCCCGCAGACGACUGAUGAAGGAGUUACCGGCAGGACGAUAGCAGUCACGCCAAUUGAGGCUUAGUGGCACUUCAUCUAAACUAUUGUAUUUGUAUCUGUAGAAAUAUGCCUCUCAGUAUAGUCAAUCAAAACAAAACCGACAGCGAAC